AUGGGCGCCGCCAGCUCGUCGGCGCUGACCGGCCUCGGCCUCCCCGCGCCGCCCCUCCUCGUGCAAUAUCGGCCCGGGUGGCUCGGGGUCGCCGCGCUGGGACUGGCCGCCGCGGCGCUGGGGGUCGUGGCAUGGCGCCGCGCGCGACCCAGGCGGCCCCGGCGGCUGCAGCAGGUGGGCACCGUGGCGCAGCUGUGGAUCUACCCGGUCAAGUCCUGCAAGGGGGUGUCGGUGAGCGCGGCCGAGUGCACGGCCAUGGGGCUGCGCAGCGGCCACCUGCGGGACAGGUUUUGGCUUGUGAUCAGCGAGGAAGGGAACAUGGUUACAGCUCGACAAGAACCUCGUCUGGUCCUGAUUUCCCUAACCUGUGACGGAGACUCCCUGACCCUCAGUGCAGCCUACACCAAGGACCUGCUGCUGCCCGUCAGAACGCCCACCACAAACCCAGUGCGCAAGUGCAGAGUGCACGGCCUGGAGAUAGAGGGCAGGGACUGUGGCGAUACCGCUGCCGAGUGGAUAACCAGCUUCCUGAAGACGCAGCCCUACCGCCUGGUGCGCUUUGAGCCUCACAUGCGGCCAAGAAAUCCUCACCAAAUAGAGGACGUGUUCCCGCCCGCCGAGAAGAUUGCUUACCCUGAUGCCAGCCCAUUCUUGAUUCUUUCUGAGGCAUCCUUGGCGGAUCUCAACUCCAGACUAGAGAAGAAAGUUAAAGCAACCAACUUCAGGCCCAAUAUUGUAAUUACAGGAUGUGGUGUCUAUGAAGAGGAUUCUUGGAACGAACUUCUCAUUGGUGACGUGGAACUUAAAAGGGUGAUGGCUUGUUCCAGGUGCAUUUUGACCACUGUGGACCCGGACACCGGCGUCAUGAACCGGAAGGAGCCGUUGGAAACCCUGAGGAGCUAUCGCCUGUGUGACCCUUCUGAAAAAAAGUUAUAUGGAAAAUCACCUCUCUUUGGACAAUAUUUUGUUCUGGAAAACCCAGGGAUAAUCAAAGUGGGAGACCCCGUGUACCUGCUGGGCCAGUAGCAGAUCUUGUACGUCUUGGACGUGACCUUAAAAAUGACAACACCUGGAGCUCUGUGUUUUGGAACUGACACUUCAACAUUUUUUUCAGAUCUGUGAUUUCAACGUUUUUGUUCUCACGGACUUUGUCUCAGUGUCUCUCAAUUCCCACUGCACAAAACAAAAGACACAGUCUGGAUAACUCAGCAGGAUUUCAGUAAGUCACUUCAACCAUAAGACAGGAUUCUGAAAACUCCUUGUUUAACUAUGAUUGUGGAAUAAUUCUUUCUCCGUCCUCUGCCUUCACCUACCCAGAAUGGUAACCUCUGUCAUCUCAUUACUACUCCUUAGGGAAAAAGAACAAAAAGAGGAAGAAUGAAAGGGAGGACCAAAAUAAUGUGCUAGAAUGUUUUAUUACCCCUAUGCAUUGAGCAUUCAGUGGAAAUUAAAUAGCUCCCCCAAGGAGGGCUAGAAUGCCAUUCCAUUAUUCUCUGUCUCAUGUCAAGUCCCAUGCUAGCUUUUAAAAGGGCUUAAAGAACCUGACUUUCAGAAAACACUAUGAUGUUAAUUUUUCAAAGAUCUUCUUGGAUCUGGCACUGUCGCAUCUCAGGCAGCGUCCAUCAGGAUUUCAUGGAUCCUUCACAGCAGGCAGUGCCGCCUGGCUGAGGACAGCGGAAAUGUUAGGGUGGAAAAUCAGUGCACAAGAGUAGUGUUGUUGCCAGACUCGAUCUGGGUCAUGCAAAAAGCAAGACAAACCAACAGAAACUCCCUUGCCAAGAAGCAAAAUAUCAAGCAUA